AUGUCCUCUGUACCACGGCAAACGUCCCUCCAACCGAAUGCUUCUCUUGAGGCAGCCAUGAAUGUGUCUGAAGGUACAGACACAAGGCAGCUCAGGGCCACUAGCCGGACUUACUAUUAUUUCACCACAGCCACCCUGGUUCUGUGUCUCAUCUUUACUCUGGCGACUAUAAUGGUCUUAGUAGUUCAGAGGAAGGAACCCAUCCUUCAACCACCUGACAUGUUCCCCCUUAAAGGAGAAAAUUGUUCAUUGGACAGCUUAAAUAUCCUGAAGAGGCCUCUAAGGAAAGAGUCAUCAGCAUAUCUCCAAGUGUCAAAACAAAUAAACAGUUCCAAACUGACCUGGAACAAAAAUGGCAUCCUCCAUGGCAUUGGAUAUCAUGAUGGAAAUCUGAUCAUCCAGUCCCCAGGCUGGUACGUCAUCUACUGCCAGCUGCAAUUUGUCGUGCCAGAUUGUCCAGACAAUACCAUUGACCUGAAGUUGGAACUCCUCAUCAAUAACCAAAGCAAGAAGCAAACUACGGUUACUGUGUGUGAAUCAAAAACAGCAACAAAGAAUAUCUAUAGGAAUCUCUUCCAGUUCCUUCUGGAGGACCUCAAAGUCAAUAAUACUGUGUCUGUCAAGGUCAAAGAAUUCCAAUAUGUGGAUAAAAAUACUUUUCCUCUUGAUAAUGUCUUGGCCACCUUCAAGUAUAGUGACUCUAACUGA